UCGCAUAUUUCGAUGGUAGAUACUGGUAUUUUUAUCUCUGCUGCUGCGGUCUCACUGAUUGCGAGGAAAACGUGUGAUAAAGCAUCAAUAGCAAGGAAUCAUGUCUGGACGCGAGGGCGGUAAGAAGAAGCCUCUGAAGGCGCCAAAGAAGGAUUCCAAGGACAUGGACGAAGACGACAUGGCCUUCAAGCAGAAGCAGAAGGAGCAGCAGAAGGCUUUGGAGGCGGCCAAGGCGAAUGCGUCCAAGAAGGGACCGCUUGUGGGUGGCGGCAUCAAGAAGUCGGGCAAGAAGUGAUGUCAUCAUCUUGGAUCCCAAAGGUUGCAGCUGGAGCCAGGAUGUCGCAUUUUCAAACAAACCCACAAUACACAGAGAUCAACAACAACAACAACACACCAUGUGCCGCCGACAGUCUUCGUCUUUUUGUGGACCAAAAUUGCUCGUGUAGCCCGUUGGAAAGAACUUCUUUUUAUACUUACGAUUACCAUUAAAUAGAGCAUUGUACGUCA